AACUGAAAAACUGACCCCCCUUUUUCACUUCACACAGCCCAUAGUGUCCUCUUUCUAAAUUUAUUCUCUCACACAGUGGCAUACCCACCCCACCCCACCCCUUACUCCAUAGAUUACAGAGGAUUUCAUGAUUUGCAAUAAAUGCUGCCAAAAAAUCUAGCUAUUUUCAUCUGCCCUGUUUUUGGUGACAUUAAUAUUCACCACAAAUGACUGGUUAAACUUACUUCACUGAUUAUGGGAUGUGUUUUUGGAAAGAUUCAUAUCGUAAGUCGGAGGAGACAGAAUUCUAACAAUCGGGACGCCGUUGUUGGGGCUACCGGGGAUGAGGUGAAGAUCACUCAACCUCCGCCGCCAUCAGCGGUGGAGGCAAAAGGACCAAAUCACACUGAGUCGGUGUCUGAGUAUUACAGUUUCAGAACAUCGGGAAACUCUUUUGCGACGAAUCAGCAAGGGUGGCCGUCGUGGCUUGUAGCCGUUGCCGGAGAUGCUAUAAAAGACUGGACUCCACGCCGAGCGAAUACCUUCCAGAAACUUGAUAAGAUUGGGCAAGGAACAUAUAGUAAUGUAUAUAAAGCAAAGGACUUGAUAACAGGGAAGAUUGUUGCAUUGAAGAAAGUUAGGUUUGAUACACUGGAGCCAGAGAGUGUUAAGUUCAUGGCAAGAGAAAUACUAGUGUUGAAAAAAUUGAACCAUCCCAAUGUCAUCAAACUUGAAGGUUUGGUAACUUCAAGAAUGUCGUCUAGUUUGUACCUUGUUUUCGAGUACAUGGAGCAUGAUCUGGCUGGUCUAGCUGCUGUUCAAAAGGUCAAAUUUACUGAAUCACAGGUAAAGUGCUACAUGAAACAGUUACUGUCUGGUCUUGAGCAUUGUCACAAUAAUGGAGUCCUCCACCGUGAUGUAAAAGGUUCCAAUUUGCUGAUUGAUAACGAAGGAAUUCUGAAAAUAGCUGAUUUUGGAUUAGCUGCAUUUUAUGAUCCUGAACACAAGCAACCUAUGACUAGUCGUGUUGUGACUCUCUGGUACCGUCCACCUGAACUUCUGCUUGGAGCUACUCAUUACGGUGUUGGUGUUGACCUGUGGAGUGCUGGGUGCAUUUUGGCUGAGUUACUUGCAAAGAAGCCAAUAAUGCCAGGGAGAACGGAGGUUGAGCAACUCCAUAAAAUAUUUAAGUUGUGUGGCUCUCCAUCCGAGGAAUAUUGGAAGAAAUUCAAGUUACCAAAUGCUACUCUGUUUAAACCACAACAAUCUUAUAAACGCUGCAUUGCGGAUACAUUCAAGGAUUUUCCACCCUCUUCACUUCCUCUGAUUGAAACACUUCUUGCUAUCGAUCCCGAUGAAAGAGGCACAGCAACUGCAGCUUUGAACAGCGAAUUCUUUACAACUGAACCAUAUCCAUGUGAGCCUUCAAGCUUGCCAAAGUAUCCUCCUAGCAAGGAAAUGGAUGUAAAACUGAGAGAUGAAGCUGCCAGGAGGCAAAGUGGUUUGCACGGAAAAGCUCACGCUGGUGAUGGCACCAGGAAAGUGAGACUUCGUGAGAGAGUUAGCCGUGCAAUUCCAGCUCCGGAGGCAAAUGCUGAACUCCAACCAAACCUAGAUAGGUGGAGGGUGAUGACACAGGCUAAUGCUAAGAGCAAGAGUGAAAAAUUUCCUCCGCCACAUCAAGAUGGAGCAGUUGGAUACCCUCUUGAUGCAUCACAUAAUGGACCUGCAUCAUUUAGUGUAGCUGAUGCUUCUUUUAAUUCAAGUUUCAAUCCAAAGGCACGAUCUUUGAGAAGCACCACAACUACAGCUGGGACAUCGAGGCAGAGGAGAAACAAGAAAGAAGAGCCUCAUAUGGCUUCGUCUCGUAAACUUAUCCAUGCAUUCCUUCCUUCUUCUGUUAGACUAUCUAUAGAUAUGAGACUGAGGGGUAGAGCUUCUGUUUCAGAGACAUUUAGUCACCAUAGAUAAGAGAAAAUUUCCCAAAGCAAUAAAUUUUGUGGCUUCAAGGAGUUUUUCUUGUCUGUUAUUGGUUUUUAGCUUAAAGACUCCCUCCUUUUUGCUUGUUACUGUAUUCUAUUUUUAAACUUUGUAAUUAAAUUAUACAACAGUUUUGUGUAUCAUAUGGAUUUUGGGUUUAUAAUUUACACCUGACAUCCAUUGUACAGUUGCAAGUCAUAAUAUCAUUGAAGCCUUUAGGUAAU